AACCAUCAGAUUAACUUUUGUAGGGUUUUUCUUUUCCGGUUUCAUGUACCCUCCUAAUUCCUCUAAGUCCACCGCUCCAGACGGCGGCGACGCCUACAGCAAUCUAUAUGACUCACCCGCCGGAGCCACCCGUGAUUUCUCCUCUCUUGCCCCUCAAAGCCACCAUUCUUCACCGCCGCAGCGGCAGCAGCACAAUCCCAACCUCGUCGGCCAUUACUUAUCUGGCCAACCAUCUUCCAUCGGAUUCGAUUCCGGUGCUUCUUCUUCUUCUUUGUUCCGACACAGAAGCUCUCCGGCCGGAUUCUACGACCAACAUCUUCCCACUGAUCCCAACGGACAGCCAAACAGAGGUUACAGCGGCGGCGGAGGAGGAGAGAGAGCGCCUUCGAGGUUGAAGUCGGAGCUGAGAUUCUCUGGCGGCAGUAGUAGUCAUCAAGAACAUAAGUCUCUACCGCGAAUCUCGGAGGCUGCGGCGGCUAUAAACGGUGUCGCAUCGAGUAGUAUGAGUUUUGGAAAUAAUCAUAAUAACAAUUGGGACAACUCGUCUUCUCAUAUCAGUUUCACCAUUGAUCAACCCGGAAAACGGUCCAAGAACUCCGACUUUUUCACGUUAGAAACUCAGUUUAGCAUGCCGCAAACAUCUCUGGAAAUAGCGAGAAUGGAGAACUUGAUGAACAUCCCAGAGGACUCGGUUCCUUGUAAGGCUAGGGCCAAGCGCGGCUUCGCGACUCACCCACGCAGCAUCGCUGAAAGGGAGAGAAGAACGAGAAUAAGCGGGAAGCUGAAGAAGCUACAAGAACUUGUGCCUAAUAUGGAUAAGCAAACGAGCUACGCAGAUAUGUUGGAUUUGGCUGUUGAGCAUAUCAAAGGUCUUCAACACCAAGUAGAGUCACUGGAAAAGGGAAUGGAGAAAUGCACUUGUGGGGCAUGCAAGAAACGAUGAUGAAUGAUGCGUUAUGUUUCCAAAUAUGAUGCAAUAAAGUAAUAGAAGAACCAAUUCAAAGACAGAAAGAAACAUAGCAGGAAGGAGUUAUUUUGGAGGUCUAAUGAAAGUGAUGAUAGAUU